AUGUUCCGCGCAAUCCAUCGUAAUGGCAACUUCGACCUCUCCGCCCCACGCCAUCCCGUGCUGGAUCCGCGCAUCCAGGCCACUCUACAGGGCCUCGGCGAUCUCGAGCUGGCCAUCCUGAUCUGCCUGAUAGCACAGGAACACUGCAUGCUCUCGGCGGAGUAUGGCUCGAUCCAGGAUCUGCAAGAAGGUUUGCAGCUCAUCUGCACCACGACGUUCAAUCUUCAGCCUGUCGUCGUCCACUGCUCGGAGCACAUCACCAUUGAUGAGUUCAGCGAAGCCAUCUUGGUCCCCCCGCCCGACGAUGAAGGCCGUCAGGACGUUGCUCCCCGCCAAACGCUCGCCGUGGACUUUACAGCGUCGCGCGGCAGGUCUCCAAGUCGCUAUGGAAGCAACACGCUAGACAAUCGGCGCAUUGCAGACGCAAUCAUCAUCACGAACAUGGAUCUGGCUCCGGAAAGUGUGCAAGUGCAAGCACUAGAGCUCAUGCGCACCAAACGCAUCUUCACGCGAACCGCCCUGCACACGGCCUCCAAGGAUUUCAUGGUGCUGGCCAUCCCGUCGCAUCGCGGCGCUCGUUUAUCUCUGCACCUGAACGAUCUCUUCUGCAUGUCACACUUCCAUGCAGAGGAAGACGGCUUGCCGUAUCAGAAUGAUGAUGUAGCCAGGCAUACCGCGCCUCAGCUAUCUUCCCAGGAUGUGAAGGAGCUCCGGGCGUUGGCCGAGGAAGCGCGCAUAACUCCCGAAAUCGCGGCGUACCUGCAUCACAUUGUGGUCUUUAUGCGCAACAAUCGGUAUAUUAAGGGCGGCGUGACUGCCACUGCAACAAGACAGCUCCGAGCAAUCUCCAAGACACUCGCGGUGUUGCACAGCCUCAAUUUCGUCCCGCCGUCUCUGGUGGCCCUUGCGGUGCGAAAGAUUUACCCACAUCGCCUCAAAUUGACCACAGUGGAGACCGAACGCAGCUUACAGUGGGGAAGCGAUCACACGGCAGUGAAGAGAUUGCUGGAAGGAGUGACGAUUGGGGACGCCAUUGAGGAUGUGCUUGCGAGCGUUGAAACGCCGCUCUAG